GUAGAAUUUUAUCAGGGGAAAAGUAGUAGAAUAAGAAAACCCAGAUAUAAUAAGGGGAACAACUGGAAGCUCAGUGUGUGAACUCUCCAUCUCUAAUGUGUGCACUGCAACUGCAAUCACGUCCAUUUUUCAGUCUAUCCAAAAUCUUCUCCAGGUCUCCAUCUUCUCUUCCCUAUUUCUCAACUCCUACCCGUGUAAAUUACAAGCUAAAAGGCAGGGCCUUGUUGUCAUCUCUCCAAGAAUUCCACCCCCCCAACGCCCUUCGACGUAAGACCAAUUCGCGAUUGACAGGAGGAUUCAGUCUUGGUGUGGAUUUGGGUUUGUCACGUACCGGCCUUGCCCUUAGCAAAGGUUUCUCCGUUCGUCCUCUCACGGUUUUGAAAUUGAGGGGUCAAAAACUUGAGCUGCAGCUGCUUGACGUGGCUGAGAGAGAGGAGGCUGAUGAAUUUAUAAUUGGACUCCCUAAAUCUUGGGAUGGAAAAGAGUCUCCUCAAUCCAACAAGGUUCGCAGUAUUGCCGGAAGGCUAGCUGUUCGAGCUGCCCAGAGGGGUUGGAGAGUGUAUCUAGUGGAUGAACAUGGAACAUCAUCAGAAGCUGAAUGCAGAAUGAUUAACUUGGGUCUCGAAAAGUCUGCUCGCCAAAAAAGCUUUGAUGCUUAUGCUGCUGUGAUAUUACUAGAGAGAUAUUUUGUCAUGUCUGGUGAGAACAUUGAAAUCGUUUUGCCGAAACAGGUGGAUUUGCAAGAAAAACUUAGAAGAGGUUCAAGACCAACAAAUUAGGGACAAGGCCUAACAACCAAAACCCAAAUGGCCUAGGACCCGUUCCAAGAUUAGGGUUUUUAGAAAACCCUAGUGCGCCGCUUCAAGACUCCAACAGCCCACGCACACGUUUUAUGGCAACAAGUCUCCACAUCCGAUUUUCACUACGCCAAUCACCAACAACCAUGCAACAACCUUUAGACUUUAGGAAUCGAUUAGAAGACUAAAAACAGUAUUUUAUUUUUCUAUAAAUGUAACAUUACAUACGAAGAUGGGGAGGAAAAAAAGGCGGGGGAAACAAUUGUAAGGGGAGGAAGUCUCUCGUUUUUUUUUCCAGCGGAAGUACGAGCAAUAUUUUUAAGGUUAUUUGAUUUUUUUUA